UCCUCGACGCCCUAACCGUCCAAGACGCUCCGUGCCGCUCUCGCCGGAGCUUGCCGCUGGCUCUCAUUGAAAAUGAAUGACUUCCUGUCACUUUGACGCUCUCGCCGCUGGCGGAGUGAUCACACACCUCAUCGUGUGUGUUUAUUAGUCCGUUUGUUGUUUUCUUGUGGUAGGGGAUUGUUUGGACCCGUAAGCGCUGCCGCGUGACGCCAGACUCAACCGAAUGGAGAUCAAUCUGCUUUGAAAGAGUAACCGAGGAAAAUGUUCCAUAUUUCUGCAAGCUCGAGUUGACCUGUGGGAUACUUUCGGUUUCGUUUUACUAAAGAAGUUUUGACGUCUGAACAUAAAAUUCAUGCCUAACUUUUACAAUGUCCAGAUGCUUGAAUCUUCUGCUGUUGUGUUUGAUACAUUAUAUCGAAUCCACAGAAACUUCUCCUCAAUCUGUGACGGGGGAACAAGGAAGCAAUGCCACACUGCUGUGUGAAUUUGAGGACCGAGAGAUUUCAGAUAUUGUUUUAAACAGACUGUCAAAAAUUAUCCUUGUUUGUCAGAAAGAAGAAUGUAAAAGUGGAAAUGGCAGAGUAAUUAAAGAAGGAUCAUGUGACGUCAUCAUCAAGGAUCUGAGAUUCAGUGACGCUGGGAAAUACUUUAUGAUAGUCUAUUACAGAAAUGAUCAGACAGAAGUGCGACAAACCCUGCAGUAUCAUCUUCAUAUUCAGGGUGAGAUUUCUGUGAAAACAGGAGAGCAGCUGAAGAUGGAUGUUCUGUUGAUCAAUGCUGAUAAAGUGGAGAAAAACUCCAGUGGAGAGUGGACAGAGGUGUGGACGAGAGGUCACGGGGUCAGCAGUGAUCGACUGACCGACAGAGAUGGAAAUCUGACCAUUAGUAAUUUUACAGUCUCUGACACUGGAACAUACAGAGUUCUGGACUCUGAAGGAGAAAUCUGGAUCACAGUCACAGUCACAGGCUUUGAUCCUGAGUUUGUGGAGUGCAUGCACAUGAAUGAGUGACAUCAGUGGUGAACAGCCAAUCACAGGCCUUGCAACAGAGAGAAACUCUGAUUCACUUCUCGCCAGAGAGCCAGCGUUAUUCAAAACUCUUGCUGAAGGUUAAGAGAUUGACAAAAAUGAAAACUCAUUUACACUGAUAAAAGAGGACAGAUAAAAGAAAUGUUCUUGCUCUAUCAGUGCUUGCAACUUGUGACUUGUGAACUGACUUGAAACUUGUGAAGUUAGUUUAUAUAGUUGCUUCAUAAUAUAUAGAGACUCAUACAUGUAAGGUCACAUGUAGUCAUUUUAAAAGAGUUAUCUAUUGAUGCUACAACUUAUUUAUAUUACAUAUGAUCUGUAUAUAUUAAUAUUCAUUGAAACUAAAUGUUUAAUAAUAACUGUUAAACUAAACUUGCUUGUGUGAAAUGGAUUAAUAAUAAUAUAGAUCAUAUAAUAUAAAUCAUACAGUAAUUCUAAUUAUCAUUAAAGACAGACAAUUUCAUUUUUAAAUAUUUGUUUUUACUAUAUAGUGACCUUUAAUUUGGAGAAAGUGAAACUGGGGGCGUGACUUUACCGCGUUGGAUGUGUCACUAUCACUUUGCUCACAUCUGAUUGGUCCGAUUUCAGUUUGAGAUCUCUAAUCCAGAACAUAACCUGCCCCGGAGCGUAAGUUACUAUGGCGAUGAACACCGCUAAAAGCCAAGUCAUUUUCAUGGUACCUAAAACCCAGGAUUGGAGCAAACUAAUUUGAAACUUACCUGGCUAGCCAGCGAAUCCGGCUUCAUGGUACAGACCUCUGGAUUGCACAGAU